AUGUCGAAAGCCAGACUGCCAUUUCCAGUGGCUCCCAUUGGUCGCAAGCGUCAAGAGUACCGCGCAACUCACGAGGGUAAGCCGCGGCGCAAAGACAAAGCAGAGAAGAAUCGCCCGAAGAACAGGAAUAGAGGCCAGGCGGGCAGAGUACGCAAAAUGGGGAAUGAAGAAUCGACGGUGGUGGACCCAUCCACACGGCCGUUCGCACUGAGCGCCCGCACAACGGAAGCGCUGGCAAAGUACAUUGAAGCGGGCAAGGCGAAAAAGAUCGUUGUUCUUACUGGCGCCGGCAUCUCAACGUCUGCUGGGAUACCCGACUUUCGUUCACCAGAGACCGGCCUCUAUGCGAACCUCGAGCGCCUCAAUCUCCCACACCCUGAAGCCGUCUUCGAACUCUCCUUCUUCCGCGAGAACCCAUUGCCUUUUUACACGCUGGCCCAGGAACUGUAUCCCGGGAAAUACCGACCGACCAUCACACACUCCUUUAUCAACCUGCUGCAUCAGAAGGGGCUGCUAUUGAAGGUGUUCUCCCAGAACAUCGAUUGCUUGGAGCGCGAAGCUGGCGUCCCUGGCGACAAGAUCAUCGAGGCGCAUGGCAGCUUCGCUGAUCAAGCGUGCAUAGACUGCAAGAAGUCUUACCCGAAAGACCAGAUGCUCGCACACAUCGAGAACAAGACAGUCCCACGCUGCGUCGAUUCGAGCUGCAACGGCCUCGUAAAACCCAAGAUCGUCUUCUUCGGCGAACAACUACCCUCCGAGUUCUUCGACAACAGGCACCUCCUCGACGAAGCAGACUUGUGCAUCGUCCUCGGCACCUCCCUCUCCGUGCACCCAUUCGCUUCGCUACCAGGCUUCGUCAACGAGUCCGUCCCGCGCUUACUGAUCAACAUGGAGCAAGUCGGCAACCUGGGCUCGCGGCCCGAUGACGUGCUCAUACUGAAAGACUGCGAUGCCGGCAUCAAGGAACUAGCCAGUGCACUGGGGUGGAGCGACGAACUCGAGUCGCUAUGGGCAGGCACGAAGAAGGAAGGACAGUUCAUCCCUGAGACGAAAGAGGAGGUCAAGAAGAGCAGGGACGAACAGUUGCAGGAUGAAGUUGAUAAGCUCACUAAGGACAUUGACAAGACUCUCAAGCUUGGUGAGCACCAGCAGAAGUGGUUGGAUAACCACAUGGGCCGCAAGAUUCCUGGAGAAGUGCGUAAAGAGGAGACAGAGGAGCUGCGGCCGACGAAUGAUGCAGAUUCGAGAACGUUGGCGCCGGUGAAGAAAGAUGAAGGGGGUGGGUUGGGGCACAUUUUUCCAUUUCUGGGAGGCGAGAAGAAGGGCGGCGGGAGUAACUUGUAGGAACUUGUAGGCCACGGUGGCGAUGUGUUUCUUUGGGCUUGAUGUUCGGUUUGUACACGCCAAAGAGGCCAGCCUUGUAGCGGCAGCCACGGCCAUGACGAAUGAUAUGAAUGCAC